AUGCGAGCUCGAAGCAUCCCUUUACUUGCCCUCUUAGCUAGCAAUGCCGCUGCCGAAAGCUGCACUGCGGAAGUAUCUCAAUUGCCAUGGAAGUUUGCCGCACCCACAGAGGCAUCUUCUUGCCCAAAUGGGACUUCACUCAUUGUGGCUAACGAAUGUUUCAAGUUAUAUGCAUGCUCUGGCUCCCCUGCUGAGAGCAGUCAUGGUUCUGCUGGAAGAGCAUCGCCAGGACUAACUGGUCAGGGUCCAGCAGGAGGAGGUGGAAUUCAAGGCUCAGUUGGAGGAGGCUCGGGUGGUCAGAAUCCCCAAAUUCCUGCCGUAGGAAAUAUUUAUGGUUCAACUGGGGGACCGGGUUCCCAUGUUCCAAUCAUGGGAAGUCAGCCAGUUGGCGGAGGUCUUCACGCUUCUGUUGGAGGAGGCUUUGGAGGUCAAGCUCCUCUGGAACCACAUCCAUUUGGAGGCUCAGCUGGAGGAGUUUUCGGAGGUGGUGCUCAAGUUCCCAUCGGGGGUUUAGCUGGUGGUAUUCUUGGAAGUGGGUCUCCGGGCCAACUUGGAGGCUUGGCGGGAGGAGUUCACGCAGGCGCUCAAGUUCCAGCCGGGAGCAAUCCCAAUAUCCAGGUUCCAAUAGGAGGGUUGGCUGGAGGUAUCCUUGGUGGAGGUGCUCAAGCCCCUGUUGGAGGAAUUCCCCAUCACCAGAUUCCCGUCGGGGGGUCAAUCGGUGGUGUUGUCGGAGGGGGUCCUCCAGCUCCAAUCGGCUCCAAUCCCAAUCUCCAGGGAGGAGCAGCCGGUGGUAUUUAUGGAGGUGCUCAACCUCCAGUCUACGGUGGUGCUCAAGCUCAAGUCGGUCCCAAUUCAAAUCCACAAGAAGGCUCAACAAGUGGAGUUUUUGGAGAAGGCCAAGUUCCAGUGGGAGGAAAUCCUUACGCCUCAGCUGGAGGAGUCUUCGACAGCGGUCAAGGCGGCAAUCCCAACCCCCAAGUCCCUGUCGGAGGAAGUGGCGAUCACGGUUCCUCAUGGAGCUCUCUCUGGACUACAUCCUGGGGCACUCAGCCUACUCCAUCUCCAGUUGGGGGAGGUCAAAAUCCCGCUGGUGGGGCUUGGAGCACAAGCUGGAGUUGGCGUAGUCAGCCGACUCCUGGUGUUGUUGAGGGAGCUUAUGACCCUCAUUGUUCAGCCUGGGUCUCGAGCUGGAGCUCAGCCUGGGGCAAUCAAAAUCCUCAGCCGACUCAGAGCACUGCAUGCGCCAAUCAGAAUCCCCAGCCCACUCCAGCACUAGGCGGUGGCUCUGGAGGAAGUCAGAAUGCUGGCGGAAAUCAGUAUGGCCAAAUCCCGUACGGUGGAUCUCAGUAUAGUUGGAGUGCUCAGCCAGCUCAGGGUAUGGCUCAGAUUCCCGCCGGUCAGCCGCCAGUCUUGGGAGGCAAGAUCAAUAAUCUUUAUGGCAGGCGUUAG